CGGCAGCAAGAGUAGUGGCGGCCGCGCGAUUUCUGCCACUGCUGCCGGGGCGGGGGCGGCAAGAUGGCGGACGGGUUUGGCGGCAAAGAGAAAUGCAGCGACCAGAGGCUGGUCUCGCUUCCCUUGUCUCGCAUUCGGGUGAUCAUGAAAAGCUCCCCGGAGGUGUCCAGCAUCAAUCAGGAGGCGCUGGUGCUCACGGCCAAGGCCACGGAACUCUUUGUUCAGUAUCUAGCCACCUAUUCCUAUAAACAUGGCAGUGGAAAAGAGAAGAAAGCACUUAUUUACAGUGACUUAUCAAAUACUGCAGAAGAGUCGGAAACCUUUCAAUUUCUUGCAGAUAUAUUACCAAAGAAGAUUUUAGCCAGCAAAUAUCUGAAAAUGCUUAAAGAAGAGAAGGGGGAAGGAGAGGAAGAAGAUGAUGAGGAUGAGGAAGAUGAAGAUGAAGAUGAUGAGAGUGAGGAGGAAGAAGCUGAAUCUUAAAACAUAAAAUGCAACACUUUAUAAUUAACCUAAAUUGUGCUACCAGCCAUGCUUUUGCACUUGGUCCCUUUCUCUUAAACUAAAUACAGAGCUGUUAAAUUUUAUUCCCAUAAGUUUUCUAUGACUCCCAACAGAUCAUAUUAUUUUUAGGAUAGAAUUUUAUAUCCAAUCCAUCUAUCCACUCUACCUUGAGGAGUAAGUAAAACCAAAACCUCUCAUUUACAUGAUAUUUGAAGGUGUCACUGAGCUGUAUAUUUAUUCUAAUAUCUUGCUUGUCUUAUUUGGCAUUGAACUUCUACAUUCUUAAGGGAAACAAACAUGAAAUGCUUCUCUUUUUCAUUAAUUGAUAUAGAUUUAAGUUCUAGUGAUAGUAAAUGUAAAUUAAUAUAUGUAUAUUAUGAAAUUAUUUCAUUUGUGGACCGUACUUAUUUUCAGUUGAAUAUGUAGUUUAUUUUCAGUUAAAUAUGUAGUACAUAGCAUAUUACAUAUUAAUUUCUGUAUAGCAAGAAAUUUUUACCUUUUGAUAAAAGAGUGCUAUAUUUUUUACUAUAAAAGAUUUUUGAUUGUAUUUUUAAAAAAUUGUACAUAAUUUUCCCCCUAAUAAAAUGGUCCAUAAAUCAGGA